UUUUAGAUUACUUAGUCAAUGCACUCAUUGCUUCAUUGUCUCCAAAUUGAAAGCUUCACUAAAUGGUAGAUUUUACUGUUAAAGACCCUACAAUAAGAUUGUUUUAUCUGUACAUUUUUUCAUAUAUUUAACUGUAUAAAAAAUGUUCAUUUUACACAAUAUUUAAUUAAAGUAUUUCUUGUCUGUGAAUUUCAUUUUUAGUAAUUUUAUCUGGUUUGAUUAUUAAAAAACUGACUAAAGACAAAACAAAAAAAUGCAACACUGGGGGUUUCAUUUCUAACUGUCAGCAUUUGUAGUUAUGUCUUGAUUAAGAAAAAAUAUAAACCGUGAAGUGGGUUUUUCCAUGAGAAAAGCCAGGAUAGCCCAGGCAGCCCAUGAGAAGACUGAGAAGAAAGCAGCCUUCUGCAGGCCGGCAGUGACUUGGUGCUCAGCCUUGGUAAAGUAUGUAACCAAAACUGUGUCCCAGACACCCUUCUUGCAAAGGUACCAGUAGAGCAUUUUUUUUUCCCCUCCAUUUUAUUAUGGCAUGGUAAAGUUCUGUAAACAGGAAAAGUUAUUUUAAACAUAGCACAGCCCAAAUUUUCCAUGCAGUGGUUUGACAAUGAAGGUCAAUCUGCUUGUCUUGUAAAAGCGGAUGAAAAAGCACAUGCUUUUGCUAAUUAUAAUACUGAACACAAAUAUUUUAUCCCUUGGACUAUAGCACAUGUAACGCACAUAUUAUGUACUUGAACUGUGAAUAUGCUGAGGUGGGCAUGAUUCGGAGCCUCCUGGUCAGAGGGUGUUUUCACGGGAGACAGUUCCAGCUCUAAACCCGAAGUUGAGGCACACCAAGGCAAGUGCUUGUCCUGGUAAAGGAAGGAAGUUCAUUACGUGAGUUUUGUUCCAUCGCUACCAGGGGCUGCUGGGAACUUCAAGAAGGCACUGAAAAACUCCACGUUCGGAAGUAAAUACAUGUACAUGCAUGUGUAUAUAUUGCCAAAUGAUAUGUAGCAUGCUGUAGGUGCCCCAUGCUUCUGUAGUUAAAUGACGGAGUGUGAUGAGAAGCUGAAACUUACUGCAGUUAUAUUUUACAAAGAAGCAAAACCAGGAUAUUUAACUAUAUUUCCUGCAAUAUUUACAUAGCUUUUAUGUUUGACAAAAAUAGAUGUUAAAAAUAUAGAGCACUUUUUAUUAUUAUUAUUUUGCAUUGACAGUCAUUUCACUUUGCAUAUGUAUCUGUGUAUCAUGUUUAACCAGUAGCAUAAUCAGAUGCACUCCACUAAAAAUAAGAUGGUUUAUGGGGAUGAAAGUCUGUAUGAUGCCUACUGGCACUGUUCCUUUUAGGUUUAUUUCAAAGGUUUGAAUAAUGAGUUUCUAAAUGGUUGGUCUAACAUUCGCUGCAAAGAAAAUACAAAACAAAAAAAAAUACAUUUUGUGCUAUGAACGACAGCCCUAGAGCAGUCUAGCACCUAUGACACUUCUGUAUCCAUAACUUGGUAAUAGCCCUGGCAUAAAAAUAUGUUGUGUCAGCCUGUACCAAGUUUAGAAAUGCAAAGAUGAAGAUGAUAAAAUUUCCUUAAUCAAAAUGAAGGAAUAGAGUGUCUAAAAGUAUAUGCCAAUUAUUGCAGAGCAGCUUUUUAAAGUCUUUCAAGCUUUUAAAGAUUAUUCAAAGCACUUGAAAUAGGCUUCAAUCUAAUGCCUCAUUUCAUUGCAUUAAACAGCCUAGUUAAUAAAGAAUCAAUAUAUUCAAAGGGCAAGGUUAUCUUUUGUCUAUAAGGGGUGGUGUCAUUCUGAACCUUUUAUAGUUCAAAUGCUGAAAAAGACCUCAUGAAAUCCAUACUCAUCAAGUGGGUCAACUAGAGCAAUAAAGAGGCCCCUGAAAGAAUGGCUGCACUCCUUUAAAACAACUAUAAGUCUUAUCUCCCCCGCAUAGUGCUUGCGCAGAAUCAGCCAGAAAAUGUCAAUUUCUCAUCAAGACAAGAGGACCAAUGAUAAUUUUUUUCUAGAGAAUACAUACAAUUAGGAGAAUGCAGAAAGGCCCCAUCAGUGAUUUGUAGCUUAUUAUGUCACCAGCAAGCUGCGAUCUACCACUAAGCAGAUAAUAAGGGCUGUUGAUAACUAAAGUGUCAAUAUGCCAAAGAACGAUUUUUGAAUGUGAGCCCUUGUGCUUUUUUUCCCCUCCUUGUGCAGAUCGCAGGGCCUGAUAACCAAGCAUCUGCCAACUGACACCGCAUGCUGGACCGCACAAUUAAUGCCAUGAAUAAAUAGCACAAAAGAGUUUAGAUUCUUUAUACUCUUUGAGACAAUUCCCUGUUUUACCCUUCAAGGAUUUCUUUUAUGUUCAAAUAAGGUUGCUUUUAAUGAAAUUUAAACUCAUCAGAGGAAAUCAAAACCCUCAAAUCAGAUUACAAAUUGAUUUUUUUGGUCACUUGUCAUUAUACAAUGUACUGCCAUAAGUUUUACAGGAAAAGGAAGAGAAAGUACUGCAUCUUGAGUAAGCGUAUGCAAACAGUCUUUAAAAAAGCAUAUGAAGGAGGAAUGGCCCUAAAUUACCACAAGUAAUAGAAAGUUUUAAAAAGUUGGUGUGUAUCAUUUAACACGUGAUCAUUACUUUUAUAUUCAUAAAAUACUUGUUUUAAACAAAAUGAACUAUACAAGAACUAUAAAUUGCAUACAUGAAAUGAUCAAAUCCAAACUAUUUCUGUUUUUUCUCAUAUAUAAUGCUACAUUUCAUUGUUACAUACAAGAAAUUAAAUACUAUUUCUCAGAGCGCAGGUCAAAAGUAACAGAUGGUGGAAUUUGAGACCUCCUGGUCUGGAACACCAUCUCAGUUGGUGACGUUGAUAGUGCAAUUUGGCCAGCUGAAAUAUGAUGCUGGCAAUAUAUGCUAUAUAGUCAUGAUUUUUUGAUUUGUUGCACAUUCAAAUAAAGUAACAGUUGUACUAUCAUGUUUUUGUUUUCUUUUUAUUGACUUUGUAUGGAAACUGAAAGGGCAGCUUGGAAAAAAAAAAAAAAGUGUUGUUAAUGGCUUACAAAAUGGUAAUUUUUGUUGCCCACAAAGGUUUUAGA